GACUGCUGCAGCCGGGAACAAGGAAAUGCCGAGCUGACACGUCAGUAGACAUUCAUGUGCAAGAAUGAUCGUAACACUUCUAAAAUCCUUUCAAUUUCGUUAAACAUGGAGUUCACUAACCGCUGAGCCAUUUGGAUUCAUUUGUAAAGAGCUACUGCUUUCAUAUGAUCCAGUGAACUGAUGGCUUACAUUAUAAAGGAUGACAUUAAUCACGAGGACUGGAUGUCAUGUUUGCCAGAGAAACUGUGGGAUGUCCCUUUAACACAUCUCUCUAUACCAGGUAGCCAUGAUGCAAUGAGCUACUGUCUGGAUAUCACUUCUCCACUGCUCCGAUCUGAGUCAGACACAUUUAGGUUACUGGAUGGAGUUUUCUGCUGCUUCACCCGGCCAGCUAUUCGCAGAUGGGCUACUACUCAGGUGCAAAACAUUGUGGAGCAACUUGCAGCAGGCAUUCGAUACUUUGAUCUUCGAAUUGCCCACAAACAGUAUGAUUCUUCCAAUGAGCUUUACUUCACUCAUGUCAUUUACACACAUGCAAUGGUCAUUGAAACUCUACAGACUGUUGCUUCAUGGCUUAAAUCUCAUCCCAAAGAAAUCAUCAUUCUAGCUUGUAGCCAUUUCGAAGGGCUGAAUUAUAAAAUGCAUGAGGAAUUCAUCUAUUCUCUGAAGAAAAUCUUUGGCUCUAAACUGUGCCCUCGCAACGAGACCCUAUUGACCUUGCGGAGUCUGUGGACAUCAGGCUAUCAAGUUGUGCUGUCAUAUGAAGACCAGUCAGCAUCACGCCAUAAGGAGUUGUGGCCUGCUAUCCCAUACCUUUGGGCCAAUAAGCCUAAUGCAGAAGAGCUGAUCUACUAUCUCGAAUGCCAGAAACAACUUGGUCGACCUCAGGGUUUUUUUGUAGCAGGCCUGAAUUUAACGACAGAUCGAUGCUUCAUCGCCUCACAUCCUCGGGUGUCUCUCCGAACUCUGACCAUGGAGAACUGGAACCAAGUGAAAAAAUGGCUAGAAGAUCAGAAACCAGGAGCUGAACCCACAUGUCUAAACAUAAUAGCAGGCGACUUCAUUGGUCCUGUGCCAUUUUGUUCGCUUGUUAUUACGCUCAACAAAAAACUGCUUUAAGGAGCUGUUGAAGUAAAAUUGGUUUAUAUGUGAAA